CAACAUGAAGCACAAGGAACAAGGGGCAAUUGGAUUGGAUGCUUAAAUAAUUAUCUAAAAACUGUAACACAAGUACAUGCUUACAGUCAGAAUAGAUAAGUCUGCUCACAUGCUUCUCUGAUGACUUUUGGAAGCUGAGCAAUUAUUGUGGGUCAUUGUGAGAUGAGAGGGAGGUUUUAGCCUGGGACAGUGCUAGGUGAGGAGGACCAUGGAAUCGCCAAGAGGAGCUCUCAUGGAGGUUCUCAGAGGCCAGGCAACUGAAAGACUGAAGCUCAGGUCCAACGUGGUCCGAGUCUUUGUCAGCUCCACAUUUACAGAUAUGAGCAGUGAAAGGAAUGCCUUAUUGGACAAAACCUAUCCUGAACUUCAAGCUUUUUGUCAGAGUCUGGGCUUAGUGUUUGAGGUUGUGGAUAUGAGAUGGGGUCUCCAGGAUGCAAUUGCUGUGGACCACAUGACCACAGAACUGUGUCUUCAGGAAAUCAAGGCUUGCAAGAAAGUAUCUGUAGGACCAAGUUUCAUUGCUCUGCUGGGGAACCGGUAUGGCCACCGCCCUAUCCCCCGUGUCCUCCCAGGAAAACAAUUUGAGGUGCUGUUGUCCAAGCUACCACAGGACCAGGUGGGGCUUCUCCACCAAUGGUUCAGGAAAGACAACAAUGCUGUUCCGCCUGUCUACGUUCUUCAGCCAAUCACAACUCUGUUGCCCCACUACAAUGACCUUCAGCCUGAGAAAAGGCCGCUGCAGGAUGACAGUGUCAUUUCCUGGCGCUACACAGAGGCUCGAUUAUUGCAGCUCCUACGCACUGCGGCCGUGCAGGCUGAAAAAGACGGGGAUAUAACUGUUGAACAAAAACACCAGUUCUUCAAAUCUGUGGCGGAGCAUGAGAUAGAGGAGGGUCUGCGAAUUCCAGAUGGGGACGAGAGCGAGCCCUCCGCCAUCCUCUUCGUGCGGGAGCUACCUCACUUGCGUAAGAAGGACGGCCCGAAGCGGCUGGCCCAGUACAUGGAUGUGACGGCUGAUGGCCUGCUGGAUACUGAGGCUCAGGAACUCCUCUCGGACCUCAAGUCGCGUCUCUUCGCUGCCUCGCCGGGCAUGCUCAACCUGCACAGUGUAGAGUUGUGCAAGGGAGCCAUCGAGCCCAGCUGCAAGGAGCAUGCCCAGUACCUGGAGAGCCUCUGCGAGCAGCUCGUGUCCCAGACAAAGGCCCGCAUUGCCAGGAGGGUUGGUGCUGGUUCGUCAGUGGAGGCUGGUGAAGUGAGGACGAAUGGGGCAAGAGGAGAAGAUGCAAGUCAGAGGAAGGGGGAAGAGGACAGAGGUUGGCUGCUCCAGGAGCUUAGUCACCACAUGGCUUUGAGUGCCGGGAAGUGUUCAGGCGUAUUUCGCGGCAGGGAGGGGCUCCUUGGGAAGAUCUGCCUGGCCAUGUGGGAGCACACCAACACCCGCCACAUGCCCCUGGUGGUGCAUGGGCCACCAGGUGUGGGCAAGACAACGCUGCUCUGCAAGCUGGCACAGGAGAUGCGUGGCCUCCUGGACCCCAGGGCUGUGGUGGUGCUCAGGUUGCUGGGGACGUCGGCAGAGAGCUCCGACCUGGGCCGUGUCCUCCAGAGUGUCUGUUUCCAGAUCUGCUCUGUGUUCAGUUUGUCACCUCCCACCCCAAUAACAGCACACACGAGUGAGGACCUGGUGAGGUUUUUCCAUGGCCUUCUAGCUGAGGUGUCGGAGCGAGGAGAUACACUUCUUCUGAUACUAGACUCCUUGGACCAAUUGUCCUCAGCCACCCAGGGCCAUAAACUCCACUGGCUACCCAAAGACAUCCCCCCCAAUGUCCAUUUGGUGGUGUCCACCGCAGAUACAGGCUCUCCAAUUUUGGCUAACCUUCGGAGAACAGUCGAGGUGCCGGGAAAUUUCUUUGAUGUAGAACCCCUAUCAUGUGACCAGGGUAGAGAGAUCAUGAAUGCCUACAUGAGGGAAGCACAACGAAGCCUGACUCCAGAACAGUGUGAAGUGGUACUGUGUAGCUUUCAGCUGAGUGGAAAUCCUCUGCAUCUGAAGCUACUGCUGGACAUGGCCAGGCGAUGGACGUCCUUUACACCCGUGACUGACCUGGCCCUGAGCAGUAGUGCACAGGAAGUGAUGUCACAGCUACUCCAGGCCCUUGAGGAGAGGCAUGGGAAGCAACUGGUUGGCGCAGCUUUGGGAUAUAUCGUUUCUGCUAGGGGUAGUCUAUCAGAGGCAGAGCUGCGUGAUAUCUUGUCCCUUGAUGACAAUGUCCUGGCUGAAGUCUACCAGUACUGGCCUCCCCCCAACCACUCCCUCAUCCGCCUCCCCCCUCUACUGUGGGUGCGCCUCAGGCACGACUUGGGAGAACUCCUCAUGGAGGGACAGGCCAAUGGCGUCACGGUGCUCGACUUCCACCACAAGCUGUUGACUGAAACUGUGCGAGAGAGGUACCAGAGGUCAGAGCAGCAGGCUGACAGACACAGGGUCCUUGCUGAGUACUUCUUGGGUAGCUGGAGCCAAGGCCGAUUCAAAGCUGUCCUCCUACCCCCACUGACGACCACAUUGGACGCUGACCGCAAGGUGCCCCCUCAGCCUCUGUGGUUCGCUGAAGGAGUGGCAAAUGUCAAAAAGCUGCACGAGCUGCCCUACCACCUCCUGUACGCAGGCCUCUGGGAGGAGCUGCGCCAGGAAGUCAUAGGCAGUAGUGAGUGGCUGUACUGUAAGACUCUGACCUGUGGCGUGGCCAGUGUCAUUGAGGACCUGACCCUCUGCACCAAGCUCAUGGACUGCCCCGAGACUCAACUGAUCCGAGACACUUUCAUUCUCCUCAAGCCCACCCUGGACUUUCUAGAUGGACAGAUGGACCCCCCCCUCUUCUACACAGAGGUCUUGGCCAGGCUCCACUCCUUCGCUGAGAUUUACCCUUCACUGAUAGGACGACUCUGCUGCCAGUGUCACGACUGGCUCUCGUGCUGUCCCGACCCCAUCCUUGUCCCCAAGUGCACCUUCCUCCAGCCUCCAGGGGGAGCGCUAAAGACGACGCUUGCUGGUUUCCAGAAAGGGGUCACAGCUCUGGAUAUUUGCCCAGAGAGAGGGAUCCUGCUGGCAGGCUCAGAGGACGGGAAGGUGAUUGCCUGGGACCUCAAUGAUCUAGAGGUCAUCCAAACCUUAGUGGGACACACAGCUAAGGUGCUAUCAGUGAGAGUGAUUGACAGCGGCGCUCACUGUCUCUCAUUGGCUGCUGAUGGGAGUCUGAGGAAGUGGAGCCUGUUGAGUGGCAGGCAGCUGUACUGUACCCAGGAGGCGGUGUCCAUUAACUCCUUACCUUCCACCACACACAUCCAUGUGUCUGAGGAGAGGGCGCUUUUCUUCACUCACUCCGGAGGCCAGGUGAAAGUAUGGCAUCUUAACACAACAGAACUACUCUUCCAAGUCAAAGAUACCGGUGUCUCCAUUAUUCUUGGAUUUUUGAAUGGAAUGGUCGUCUCCCUCUCAGACGGAGGACUUGUCACAUUUUCCCACCCAUCCGCCGAGGACAAGACAGCGCAGAUACAUUUGGAAAAAUCUUCACAAAGUUUGACGCUGACGGCAACCCUUACACUGCAAAGAAAUGGCCGACUACUUAUAGCAUCCAAGGAGGGCUUCCUCUAUCAGGUUUCCAGCACGGUACAGGGCAAACAGUCACAGUGGACUCUGAGACAGACAGUCACAGAGCUUCCAGUCUGUGCAACCUUCCUCUCCGCCUCAGAUGACGAAAGGAUACUUUUGGCAGGCUGUGAGAGGACACUGGUCCUUUUCCAUAGAGAGUCAGACUGUGUCCAGAGCUUCCUGGAUCUGCACCACGAGGACACGGUGUUGUGUGCCUGUGUGUCAAGCGACAGCAGAGUGGUCGUCUCGGGCUCUGAGGACCAGACUAUACGGGUGUGGUCUAUGACCACUGGAAACCUCCUUGACUGUUUCCUUGGCAUGGAUGCCCCUGUCACCACUCUAGCUCUGUAUGAGGGCACUGUCGUCUCCGCCUCCUUCUCAGCCUACUACCUGAAGCUGUGGCAUCUGCCCUCACCCAACAACCCUCAGCAGAGACCCAAUUGCUGCAUUCCAGCCGGGUGCCCUCAGGUUGCCCUCACUAAAGAUGGUGACACGGUGUACUAUGUUAGAAACGUAGGCCAGAAAGAAGUGAUUACAUGGAAUUGUCACACAGGCUCUUCCACUGACACCAUGGCCGUCUCUGCUGAGGUGUGUUGCCUAGAGCUGGCCCAGAACAAGAAACUCCUCUUCUGUGGCCUCACGACUGGCACGGUCCUCAUCUACCCCCUAGCCUUCCCCAAAGAGACCCUGUGCAUCCCACCUCCUGAGACCCUGCCCACGGUGCGCUGCAUGGCCAUUGGCGGCCAGGAGAAGCACAUGGCCGUGGCCUACGAGGACUCAGUGUGUCUGUUCGAGAUCACGGCCAGGGACAGUUUCCCCAGCGUGGAGGGGCCCUCCGCGAGGUUUGCCCUAUCCCUGCUCCACUCGCCCGUCUCCUCCAUGGCCCUGCUCCCAGACUGUAGGCUGCUGUACGGAACGGCCUGCGGGGAGGUCACCAUGUACGACUUCAAGUCCGCCUCAACCGCCACCCUGGAUGGCCACCGCAGCAGGGUCAACUGCGUGACGACCAGCAACUGGGGGACGCACGCCCUAGUGGGCUCAGAGGACGCAGUGCAGAGGCUGUGGGGGCUGACCCCCCUGGUGCUGGAUCACACCAUGGAGUACAAGGGGUUCUUGUUUGAAGGGGUUCUCUGUGCAGCGUUCUCUGAGAGUGACAAGCAUGUCUUCACUGGCUCACAGGACAGAACUAUUAAAGUCUGGGAUGUUGCUAGUGGGAGUCUGUUAUUCGUCCAGUACGUCUACGCUCCUGUCACCAAAAUGUUGACCUACAGGAAUGGCUUUGUGGCAAUCUCUCAGCUGGGCUACGUCAUCAAGGAAGGAUUCCGCUGUCCGGAUGGCAUCUGUCCGGAAUACAACCCACUCCGGAACGUCAACGCACACUACAGGGUCACGUCCCGGCAGAAGAGUGCAGACAGCCCUCACAGCGUCAUCACAGAGAUCCCUGAGUACAAUCCCGCUCAGUUUAACUUCAUGGCCCUGAUGCUCAAGAGCAAACCCUCUCACUCAUGCCAACUGUUGUAAGGAAACUGACAUAACAUAACAGACAUAGUGUCAAUUGUAGAGAUCUAGCGUCAUAUACGGCUCUAAGGUGUGCUGCUACUGUAUACAGUAAGUUGACUUCAGUUUCCCACAAUGAAUUAUAUGAAAAUAGGGGCUAUGUCUGUCAGCUCAAUUCACUUGCUUUAAAUCAGCUAUGCACAUUACUUAUUAUAAAACAUUCUGUGAAAUGUAGGAAUUUUGUGUUUGCACAUGUUCAUCACAUGACACGUAGAGAUGACAAAUAUACAAACUGUUACAAAAUGCCGUGAUUAUGUAUAAAAGCAUCAAUAUGCAGAACAUUUAAGGGCUAGUUGCUGUACAAAGCACACAUGUACACUGAGUGUACAAAACAUUAGGAACACCUGCUCCUUCCAUAACAUAGACUGACCAGAUGAAUCCAGGUGAAAGCUAUGAUUCCUUAUUGAUGUCACUUGCUAAAUCCACUUGUCAUGGAAAUUACCACCAGGGACUCAGUCAAACAUUAAAUUACUCAUUCUUUAUUAUCAGUAAGCUGGAGAGGUUCCAACCAACUUAAUGCACAAUAGUACACGGUGUUCGGGAGAUCUUCCGGGGCAGUCCCGUUAGUUCUCUUAUAGUUGUAUUUGCCUGAUUUAGUUUAUUCAUAAUUAAUUAAUCAUUAACGUUUGGUUCAUGCAUGUGACCAACCAAUACCUCACAAGGCUUCUUCUCGCCAAGCUAAGACCUUGAAACCAAGAGACCCCUUUCAGUUCUCAAAGCAAUGUUCUGGGCAUACUGCCAAAUUGCUUAUACUGAUUGUGAGGAUACCUCCCAGGCGCGAUCAAUCCGUCAAAUUGGUUCUUAGAAAAGCACAAACCAUAAAAUGUUACUUCACACACUUAAAUCAGUGUAGAUGAAGGGGAGGAGAGAGGUUAUAUAAGGAUUUUUAAGCCUUGAGACAAUUGAGACAUGGAUUGUGUAUGUGUGCCAUUGAGGGUGAAUGGGCAAAACAAAAGAUUGUCUUGCCUUUGAACGGGGUAUGGAAGUAGGUGCCAAGCUCACUUGUGUGAGGGGGUCAAGAACUGCAACAUUUCCUGUGUGUAUCGAGAAUGGUCCACCACCCAAAGGACAUCCAGCCAACUUGACACAACUGUGGGAAGCAUUGGAGUCAACAUGGGCCAUUCCCUGUGGAAUGCUUUCGACACCUUGUAGAGUCCAUGCCUCGACAAAUUGAGGCUGUUCUGAGGCAAAAGGGGGUGUGUCUCAAUAUUAGGAAGGUGUUCCUAAUGUUUUUUACACUCUGUGUAGAAAGGUUCAUAUUUUGUAGAAUGCUAAAAAUAAAUAUUCUGACAUUUCCUGUUGUUGGAAAUCAUAUAUUAAAUAGUUAAUGUCUUUGCCUUCAGGCGCUCUCUUGAACAAUCUUUUGACAUUAAAGUACAGAGAUUCACAGUGCGUACAGACUAUUUCUGUUCAAAGUUGUUGCUAAACAACUCCAAUGGACCAAGAGGAGGGCCCUCUCAUUUAUUAUUGAAGUCCCAGGAAGCAGGGCACCAAACAUUGCUGUCUAGUCUUUCUCUAGUGAAGGAAGGCUCUCUUCCACCAUCUUGUUUUCCCCUCUGUUGGACCUUCUUUAUACACGGCUUGCAAGAAAAAGACACAAAAACUUGGUACAUGAUGAGAAAUAAGGUUGGGCAUUCUACAAACAUGCUGUACAAUCACUCAUAUUUUCAAGUCCUUUUGAAAGCACCGUCUUUCUGUUUAUUUAGAGAGCAUUGCCUUUCUUUUUUUGUAUAGACAAGUUCCCCCCCAAAAUUCAUCUUUAACAUAACCAACAUAUUACACAAAAAAACGCAUACAUGCAGAACACAAAUACAUAUUUAAGUGAUAUGCUUUUUCAUGGUCAUGAUUAUUUUAAGUGUCUUUAAAGAAACACAAGACUCGUUCCCAAGUCUUUUUAGAGUCUGUGUUAUUUUUCUCCAGCCUCUUUGCUAACACGAUCUCAUGCAACGUUUUAAUCAACAUGUUCAUCCACUCCGUGAACACUAGCUCAUUAGAGCUUUUCCAAUGUCAAGCAUUGCCUUCCUGUUCUCUGUGACUUGUGUAGCUUCCUAUGGGUUUCUGCUUGUUCUCAACUGAACUUAUAUCUUGAAAUGUGAUUAAAUAUAUUAUUGGAGA